AUGCCGAUGCUCAAGGAUCCGUCGACAAAAUACAAGCCCUUCCCUCCCCUCAAGCUCAAGGACCGCCAAUGGCCCGACAAGACCAUCACAAAAGCCCCGCGAUGGCUGUCGACAGAUUUGCGUGAUGGCAACCAGAGCUUGAACGGCGACGAGAAGUGGCGCUACUUCAAGAUGCUGUGCGAGCUCGGCUACAAGGAGAUCGAGGUCUCCUUCCCCUCCGCCUCCCAGACCGACUUCGACUUCACCCGCCGCCUGAUCGAGACCCCCGGCGCCGUCCCCGACGACGUAUACCUCCAGGUCCUGUCCCCCUGCCGCGAGGACCUCAUCAAGAGGACGGUCGAGUCCCUCAAGGGCGCCAAGAACGCCAUCGUCCACAUCUACCUCGCCACGAGCGAGUGCUUCCGCCGCGUCAUCUUCGGCUUCUCCGAGGACGAGAGCGUCGAGCUCGCCGUCCGCUGCGCCAAGCUCGUCCGCUCCCUCACCAAGGACGACCCCGCCCAGGCCGGCACGAACUGGCAGUUCGAGUUCUCCCCCGAGACCUUCUCCGACACCUCGCCCGAGUUUGUCGUCCGCAUCUGCGAGGCCGUCAAGGCCGCGUGGGAGCCCUCUGUUGAGGUUCCCAUCAUUUUCAACCUGCCCGCCACCGUCGAGAUGGCUACGCCUAAUAUCUACGCUGACCAGAUCGAAUACUUCUGCCGCAACAUGAGCGAGCGCGAGAAGAUCUCCGUCUCUAUCCACCCCCACAACGACCGCGGAGAGGCAGCGGGAGCUAGCUCUCUGGCUAUGCUGGCCGGCGCCGACAGAGUCGAGGGUUGUCUGUUUGGCAACGGCGAGCGCACUGGUAACGUCGAUCUCGUCACCCUCGCCCUGAACCUCUACACGCAAGGAAUUUCUCCCAACGUGGACUUUUCUGAUAUCAACCGCGUCAUCGACAUGGUUGAGACUUGCAACAAGAUUCCAGUACACCCCCGUGCGCCGUACGGCGGAUCCCUCGUUGUGUGUGCCUUCUCAGGAUCCCACCAAGACGCCAUCAAGAAGGGUUUCCAGAUGCGCGAGAAGGAGGGCAAGACAAACGAGGACCGCUGGCAGGUUCCCUACCUCCCCCUCGACCCCGCCGACAUUGGCCGCACAUACGAGGCCAUCAUCCGUGUCAACUCCCAGAGCGGCAAGGGAGGUGCUGCAUGGAUCAUUCUGCGCAAGCUGCAGCUUGACCUGCCCCGCGGGCUUCAAGUUGCGUUCUCCAAGGUCGUUCAGGACAAGGCCGACGGUCUUGGUCGCGAGCUUCUGUCGGAGGAGAUCACGGAUCUGUUUGAGCAGACUUACUUCCUCCGCGAGAACCCAAGAUUCACGAUUGUGGACUACAGCAUUACCCCCGACCGUUCGCAGAGCCCCGCGCCGCCUGCGCCUGGCAAGACGCAAGACACCAAGAACCUGAAGAGAGUAUUCGAGGGUGUGGUUUCGAUCGACGGAAAGGAGUACCAGUUGCGCGGACGCGGUAACGGUCCCAUCUCCAGUUUGGCGAACGCCUUGAAGAGCGUUGGCAUCAACCUGGACGUCGAGGAUUACAAGGAGCACGCUAUUGGUGCCGGUCGCGAUGUCAAGGCUGCUACGUACAUCGAGUGCACCGCCACGGGCACCAAGCAGAAGUACUGGGGUAUCGGUAUUCACGAGGAUGUGGUCCAGAGCUCUCUGAUUGCCCUCCUGAGUGCCGCCAGCAACUUUGUUGGCAGCCGCCCCGGUAGCCCUAUCCUGGCCAAGCCCAUCCCGACCAGGUCUCUGAGCCAAGAGCUGGACCUCGAGCCUACGAACGGUACCAACGGGCAGACGCCGAACAUUGUUGCGGCUCUGGAAGAGAAGGCGAACGGCAUGUAA